AUGACAGCUGAUGAUCCUCAGAAAGCUAUCAAAGCGAGAGUAAGGAAAUUAUCAAUAGUUUUGGGGAUCAGUAUCGCUUUCUUUGUAGUGGAGAUUUCCAUCGGAUUCAAGACUGGAGCCUUGGCUCUUAUAGCGGAUGCUUUUCACUAUCUGAACGAUAUUGUCUCAUAUGCUAUAGCUUUAGUAGCUACCUUGUUGAGUAGUCGAGGAACAGGUCCCCCAGGAUAUACUUUUGCGUAUAGAAGAGCUGAGAUAGUAGGAGCUUUCUUCAAUGCAAGUUUUCUGAUCGCAUUAGCUUUAUCGAUCUUUCUUCAAUCGCUCGAACGAUUCAUCAAUGUCCAAGAUGUUGAUCAUCCGUUAUGGGUAAUGAUUGUUGGAUGUUGUGGUUUAGCUUUGAAUGUUAUCAGUAUCUUGGUUGUUCAUGAACAUGGACAUGAUCAUGCAAAACAAUCACAAUCUAAUUUCCCAGAAGAACCUUUAGAUCUUGAAUUAUCGAGAAUCAAAGCUCUUGCUACCUCAACGACGAACUUGAGAGGUUCAGGUGCUCCAUUGAAUGUAGAUCAUUCACAACAUCACCAUGCUCAGCAAACUGACGCCAAACAAGGAUCUUCUCAUAAUCUCGGUUUAUUAGGUGUACUCAUCCACUUACUUGGAGAUGCAGUCAACAACAUUGGCGUUAUCAUAGCAGCUGCAAUCAUGUGGAAGACAACUUCUCCUUCUAGAUUCUACGCUGAUCCUGCUGUAUCAAUGAUAAUUUCGAUAUUGAUAUUCGCAGGUGCCAUUCCGUUAGCCAAGAGGUCAGCUAGGGUUUUAUUAGAAGCUGCACCUAAGAAUAUCAACCCAGAUCUAGUUCGAGAAGACUUGAUGACAAUACCUGGAGUCAUUUCAAUCCAUGAAUUACAUCUAUGGCAUCUGACAGAAACCGAUGCUCUAGCGUCUUUCCAUGUCAAAGUCGACGUGGAUGAUAUCGAAGCUUGGAGACCAAUAGAAAGGGAACUGAAAUCGUGUUUUGCUGCUCAAGGAGUUACGCAUGUAACGAUUUCGCCAGAAUUCAAGGUAUCAGGAGAUCUUGAGAGUAUGGGAAGAAGAGAUUUAGGGGAGAAUGAUAAUGCUUGUUCCGUCGUUCCCACGUAG